AUGAAACAUUUUCUAGUUUCUCUGUGUCUCCUGGGAAUGUUUAUACAUGCCUUGGCUCAAUGCAGUGCCUCAGAGUUUCGGCUGGAAGGAGAUUAUUUGUUGGGUGGACUUUUUGGUAUUCAUCAUGAUAGUGAUCCUGAUUCUCAUGACAGACCAGAAGCCGUCGACUGCGCCAGUAAACCCCUAAUUUCUUCAAGUUAUCGGAGGUUUCAGUUGAUGAGAUUCGCUGUAGAUGAAAUCAAUAACUCUACCAACCUCCUGCCAAACGUAUCUCUCGGCUAUGAGAUAUUUGACCAAUGCUCAGAUACACACAAUUUCCCAGGCCUUUUUUACUUCAUAUCAGCAAAUGGCUUGGUCCAACCUUGGGGUGAACCACACGAGAAUCUGUCCAAAGUGAUGGCAGUGGUCGGCCCUUAUACAAGCACUAAGGCCCUGGCUGUGGCCCCACUUCUCAUGAUGAAUCAGAUUCCUAUGAUCAGUUAUGGGGCUGCUAGUUCUGCCUUCUCAAGAAAACAGAAAUUUCCCUAUUUCCUGCGAACAGUGCAACCCAAUAAAGACGUCAUUGAGUUAAUUGUUGCGAUUCUGCUGCACUUCGACUGGCACUGGGUUGCUUUCCUUUACAUUAGCGAUGAUUAUGGCAACAACGGCCUGGAAUUAUUCAUGAAGAAGAUUAAGGAUACUCAAAUCUGCCUGGCAUACAUCAAAGGCCUGAAUCAAUAUACAAACCACUCCCAAAUAUUCAAACAGAUCAAUGCACAUAGAAUAGGUGCCAUCAUUGUGUUUGCUCCUGAAUGGACUGCCGAAGCUCUCAUUGAGUCGGCAAUAAACCAGAAUGUCACCAACAAAGUGUGGAUCGCCUCAGAUGCAUGGUCCUUAAACAAGAAUCUCCCGAGGAAUACAAGAAUCAGAAAUAUUGGAACUGUGAUCGGAGUUUCUGAAAAAAGAGUGACAAUACCUGGUUUCAGUGAUUUUAUCCAUUUUUCCAGAAGACGUACCUAUUGUGAAAAUGCAUCACAAAAUAUACAUUGCAAUCAGGUUUGCAACUGCAGCAGCCUGAGCGCAGAAGAUGUUGUUGCUGCAGACCCUUCUUUUAAUUUCCCCGUUUAUUCUGCUGUGUAUGCCAUCGCUCAUGCCUUACACAAUGCCCUGCAAUGUGGAUCUGGCAGAUGUAAUGACAAUAUUACAGUCUUCCCACACAUGCUUCUAGCGGAGCUAAAGAAGUCCGACUUUACUCUUUUAAAUCAAAGCAUUCGGUUUGAUGAGAAUGGUGACCCCGACUUUGGAUCAUAUUCUGUCGUUUUCUGGAACCACACUGGUCAUGCAGAGGAGAUUGGCUUUUAUCAUUUUGACCGAUCAGCCAAAUUAUUCAUCAACAAUAGCCAAAUUAAAUGGCACAAAGACGGAGAAGUGCCACCUACGUCAGUGUGUUCCAAAGAAUGUCUUGUUGGAUUUGUAAAAAAGUAUACUGGAACCCACCAAUGCUGCUUCGAUUGUGAAAUCUGUCCAGGUGGAAGUUAUGUAACACAUAACACCACAGAGGAUGCCUACAGGUGCAUCAACUGUAAGGAGACAGAAUGGUCUGCAGCAAGAAGUACAUCAUGCAACCUGCGGUCGGUGGAGUACAUCCCGUUCACAGACACCGGGGCUAUACUGAUCAUGUUGGGGGCCUGGGCCUUGGUGGGCUUCACACUCGCUGUAUCUGUUCUCUUUGCCAUCAACUACAACACACCUGUUGUCAGAUCUGCUGGGGGACCAAUGUGCUUCCUCAUUUUAGUCUGCCUCGGUCUGUGUAGUAUAAGUGUGUUCUUUUACUUUGGUGAGCCAACAACUUCCUCCUGUAUCCUGAGGUUUUUACCAUUUCUCUUGUUCUACACAGUUUGUCUCGCGUGUUUCGUUGUGCGCUCUUUUCAAAUUGUUUUCAUCUUCAAAAUUGCCGCCAAUUUCCCCAAACUCCACAGUUGGUGGAUGAAGUAUCAUGGACAAUGGCUGGUCAUCACUGUGGCAUUUGGUAUUCAGGCACUCUUACUUCUUAUUGGCUAUACUUGUUCCCAUCCUGACACCUUCAAGGAAACAGUUUGGUACCCAGACAAAAUCAUACUUGGUUGUGACCUUAAUCUCAAAGCCACCUCUGGCCCUGUGUUGUUCCUCUUGUCUUUGUGCUCCCUUUGCUUUAUUUUCUCCUACAUGGGGAAAGACCUCCCGAAAAAUUACAAUGAGGCCAAAGCAAUAACCUUCUGUCUGCUCCUGCUGAUCCUCACAUGGAUCAUCUUUGCUACUACAUAUAUGCUUUACCAUGGAAAGUACAUCCCAAUACUGAACGCUCUGGCCAUACUCUCCAGUCUCUACUCCUUUCUGGUGUGGUACUUCCUCCCAAAAUGCUACAUCAUGAUUUUUCAAUCAUACAAAAACACACAUGAGUACUUCCAAGGACUCAUUCAGAAUUAUACCAAAACAAUCAGCCAGUAGAGACUUGAAGUAAUGUGUUACUGUUUAUAGAAGAAAUGUUCUUCUUCAAACCCUCUGAAUACUUUUAAUGAAAUUAUAAUAGUGCACAGCAGUUUGUAAAAACAUGUUUCCAGAGUACAUGAGCGUAUAUUGUGGAAACACUGAACAGAUCUUAAGCUGAUGCUAACAUUAACCCUGCAUGGGAAUUAUAAAUCAGGGAGAAGUCUCAAUUAUCUUCUUCCACAUUAACGGAAGACUGAAAUGUAUGGGAGUAGAGAAAGAGAUGGGAUUGUGGGCAAUCUGACGUUUAUGAAAAUGAUAUAUAUUUAAAUAUAUAUAUGUAUAUAUUGUAUUUAUGGUAUUCUGUUUAUUGGUACAUAUUUUUGGCAAUUCCUGUUUGUCUUUGUGACUUCAUUACUGCUUUGUCAGACCUCAUUUGCAUUUGUUCUGUUUUAUGACCUUUUAUUUAUGCUUGUUUUUGACGUUUUUACCUUCUGACACCUAUGGUCAAUGUAAACUAAUUUUCUAUUUGUAGUUUGACAUUAGUUUUUGUUUGGUCGUCGCAAUUUAAUUUGUAUUUGUAACGGCUCACUUAAUUCCUUUUACUAUGUUAUUUAAGAUGUUCUACUAACCAUUUCUCAUUUUGAUCUGUUUUUCGGCACACAUUUUAAGGGGGUUCUUAAAUAAUGAACCGCCUUUGCGGCUUUGCAUUCUCUGUUUAUUUCUGAUUGUAUUACCUACUGGAACUGUUAGUAAGGUAAAGAUCACAUCAAGUGGUUUGCUCCUAACUUCUCAUUCUUUACUUUUCUGUUUGAAUGGGUAUCCUAUUCUAGCUUCAACUCCCCCUUAAAAUAAAUGAUAUCAUGGGGUCUAGUCGCAAAUAAUUUCCCCACUACUUCUAGUGCAAAUGUCAAUAAAGAUUCUUGCAUACUCAGAAGGAAUCUCUCCUGAUUGAACUGAAUCAAGUCUCUAGCCAGCUGCAAUUUGGGCAAAGCAUUCAGAAAUGAAGAGAGGCUGUUGCUGAUAUUCACCAACUCACCACAUGAGGGAGCCACUUCACUCUGACGCUGUCUACAAGCUGGGAUAAAGCCACACCCUGAAUAUACUGUGUAACAAAACAUGUUGUAUUGUGAAUUGCUGUGAAUAAUGUCAGUUUAUGUGCUAAUGUUUCACAUAUUCAGUGCACACUUUGAAUCAAGAUGUAUCUCAUUCCCCUGGAGCAAUAAAAAGGGGACAAUUGUACCGUAUAUGCUCACUUUUUCUCAGUGUCAGUGUUAGAUUCUCUCUGUAUU